UCACAAGAGGUGUUCGGCUCGAGUAAGUUCAAAGGGGGAAGGAGCGCCUGCUGAGUCGUUGAAAUCAUCCGCGGCGGCAGUCAAGUCCUGCGAUCUGCGAUCGAGGUGGACUACCUUGUACAGUUCAAGUAAUCAUUAGAAAGAUAAACAGACAGACAGACAGACAGACAGCCCUAAAGGUAAAGUAUCGUCAAGCAAAUACAGUGUUCCAUAGCCAACUCACGCACGCCCGGAGCAGGAUGGAACCUCCGUCAACACCAUCCCCCCUUCCUUGGCGACGGUAUCUCGCUACCAAGACCUCCAUUUCCUCUCGGGUCAGGCCGGCGUCACUGUACGGCGGUUCCCUCGUGUUGAUUUGCGGCAGAAGGGCCAUGUUUCUCAGAGUUGGCCGGGGAUCGAGUUCAACACCAUCAGCCCUUCCUUGGCUACGGUAUUUUGCCACCAAGACCUCCAUCUCGUCUCCGGUCAGUCCGGCGUCGCUGGAAGGCAGAGAAUCCCUGAUGAUCGAUGCUCGCGGGUUCAUCACUUGCUUGGAGGACGCGAUCGAAGUUCUGCCCAAGGUCCACGCCACUCGCGGCAGGGAAGUCCUCGAGGACGAGGUCGUGACCCCAAUGGGUCGCUGGAUGAUCGACAUCGCAGUCACGAGAAUCGGGUGGCCACUCUGGGAAAGCAGGAUGUGCCUUAGAGAUGACAGACACAAGACGGCUCCAACUCCGGUUAUCACCCCUGCGCGCGUCCUCAAGUUCAGGGUCGCCCUCUCCAGCGUCACUGUGGUGGUUCCGGAUCGGGACCUCCACGCCGGCGGCCCUUGGCCUCGCCUACCGGAACAGAGGUACUGUCAACAGGGACUGCGUGAUGCUGCCGUGUAGCGUCAUUGCUUGGGGCAGUCGGCGCCGCAGUAGAACAGGAUGAAGUUCACAGCAUCCACCGGCGCACCGUUCAGGCAGUUGAUGACCGGCCAGAUCGCAAGACUGAUGGAUCGUACGGGUGAGUGCUGUCUCUUUGCUGUUGUGUGUUCCCGCAUCAGGGUCUG